GCCCAUUGUUGUUUUCGCUCAUCAUCUUCCAACUUUGCCACCGAUGGAAAAGUUAGCAUAUCUACCACAGAAGUUCGGUGUACCUCUUCUGCGCGGUAUUAGGCCAUCAACAUACCUCACUCUCAAAGCAAAUUACUGCGCUCCCCCGCCUCAGGAGCCAUUUGCGCCUAUCCCGGGGCGCUUCCCUAAAUGGGCAGCUAACGGAGAAGAGGCAUUUGGCUUCUUGAAAAAUGGCGCUAAUGUGUUUGUCCAUGGUGGGGCAGCUACGCCAUCUAUCAUUUUAAAGGAGUUUUAUGAUUAUGUCGUUGCCAAAGAUUUGAGAGAUAUCAAGCUUUUCCACAUUCAUACGGAAGGCCCUUUCCCUUUCCACGAUCCGGCUGCUGGGGGUCGGUUCCGUUCAAAUUCCCUGUUUACUGGUAGCAAUUGCAGGGAAGCUAUAAAAGAUGGUCGCGCUGAUUACACUCCCAUCUUCCUGAGCGAGAUACCUCUCCUUUUUCGUCGGAAAUUCGUUCAGCUUGACUUGGCCCUACUGAAUGUAACUCCGCCAGACAAGCACGGAUAUUGUUCCCUUGGCCCAAGUGUGGACGUGACACGUGCCGCUAUUCAGAACGCCACCCACAUCGUCGCUCAGGUGAAUGAUCAGCUUCCUCUCACACGAGGUGAUGCGAGUAUUCAUUUCAGCAAUCUGACCGUGUUGCGUCCUGGCUCUCAACCUUGUCACCAAAUGCAACCCAGAGAAGCGUCGGAAGCGGAGGAUAAAAUCGGCUCAUACAUCGCCGAGGAACUGGUGGAGGAUGGAUCUACUUUGCAAACUGGAAUCGGUGCUAUUCCAGACGCUGUCCUCUCAAAGUUGACAAACCAUAAGCACUUGGGUAUCCACACAGAAAUGUUCUCCGAUGGGGUCGUACAGCUUGUGCAGCUUGGCGCCGUGACUAACGCUCGCAAGAAGAUGCGUCCGGGGAAGUUAGUUUCCAGCUUCGUCAUCGGUACAAACAAAGUAUUCCAAUUCCUCGAUGAUAAUCCGAUGAUAGAUAUGUGUGAUGUUGCUUGGGUGAAUUCACCUGCUGUGAUCGCUCAGAAUCCUCGCCCCGUAGCUAUAAAUUCGUGCAUCGAAGUCGAUAUUACUGGUCAAGUUUCUUCUGAUUCUAUUGGCACAAGAAUAUAUUCUGGUUUCGGAGGCCAGGUGGACUUCCUCCGUGGUGCUGCGCUCAGCACAGAUGGCCAGGGCAAGGCGAUCAUUGCCGUGCCGUCCACAACCAAGCGGGGCGAAUCGAAGAUUGUGCCCACUUUGCAAUCUGGCGGUGGCGUUGUGACGACUCGGGCGCAUGUGCACUACGUGGUAACAGAGUUCGGGAUCGCAUUUUUGUUCGGGCGUAAUUUGCGACAGAGGGCUCAUGCACUCAUUCAAAUUGCGCACCCGGAUCACCGGUGAGUC